UACUUACUUUAAAUGAACCAGACAUUUUUAUUUGUAACAGGUGAUGCAGCACUUCCCAACAAUAACAGACACGUACAUGUUGUAUUAGUUCCAGGGUGUGCUAACUUAAAGUAAAUCAUAAAUGUUUGAUCRCAGGUAUGUAGUUUGUAUUAAGGCUCACACCUAAGUCAACAUGCAGCAGGACCUCAAAUUUAUUCUGCCUGUAUUUGUUUAAGAGGAAGGGUAUUAUUGGCUGUUUUCCCCAAACUGAUUGACUGGUUGGUGCUUUUUUUUUUUUUUUUUUUGCUCAUGAAUAUAUUUAAAAGGAAAGAACGUCUAACAGAUUUUCAUACAACCACCUAAUAGGUACGAAUAUUUGUUUGAAUCUUUGCACACUUAUUAAAUUCUUGCAUUUGCAUAAUUUAAUGUAUAUUUACAAAAUAAUUGAAAUUUUAACUCUGCUUUUUUAUUUUUUAUUUUAUUUUUAUACAGCCAUGGGGAACCUGUUGCUGUUCUGUGUGUUGGGGGCAUUCCUGGGUCGUCCAUCUGGCGCUGGCUGGGUAGGAAGGGAGUUUGCCGUGUCGUUUAUGGAGAACUAUGCGCCGCGCUAUGAUACUCCUAGUUUCCAGGUGUACAUCACAGCUGUCCAAGCCAAUACAAAAGUGACCGUACAGGUACCUUCCUUGAAGUUUAAAGUGGAGAAGACGCUGAAGGCUGGCGAAGGGACCACCGUCAGUGUCCCGACUGAAGUUGAAAUGUACGACAGCACAAAGUCUCCCAACACCGUGCGCAUUGAAGCAUCAGCAGAUGUGUCCGUGACAUCCUUUAGCUACAAGCUUUACACGACAGACACCUCCGUGGUGUAUCCAACCACAGAGUGGGGUACAGAAUACUUCGUUAUCACUCCUCCCGGAACCCCCUUUGGCUCCAAUAAAGAGUUUGCUGUGGUCAAUGGAAAAGACAGCAACAAGGUAGAGGUCUUCCCAGAGGGGUCUAUUGAGUUCCAGGGUCGAGUUUACGGAAAAGGCAGCAAACUGGAAAUUGAUCUGCAGCCGUAUGAGAGCGUGCAACUCCAGAGCAAGUACGACCUGUCUGGGAGCAGAGUUUCCUCCAAGCUUCCCAUCACGGUGUUCACUGGCCACACGUGCACGUGGCGCUUCUCCAAGUGCAACCACGUUUAUGAGCAGCUCCUGCCGGCGAGCAACUGGGGAUCCAGCUUCAUCGUGCCCCCACUGAGCUUCCAGAAGAAGUAUGAUACUGUGUACCUCAUGGCCUCCCAGCCCACCCGGGUCACUGUCAAUCAGGGCAGCCGAAAAUAUGAUUUCAGUAUUUCCAGGGGGGAGGUAAAGGACAUCAACUACCUCACCCCUGAAACCUUGUUUAUUCAGGCUGAUCAUGGCAUCCAGGUCCUCCUGCUCUUCAAUGGCGCCAGUGAUGGCUUUUUGCAAUACUAUGACCCAUUUCUACUGACCAUCACACCCACAGACCGCUUCUGCUUUUCCUACUCACUGGGCGGUAUCGACGGCUUUGAUAACAAAGCUCUGAUUGUGGCAAAAACCAGUGUCACUGGUACGCUUCGUUUAGAUAGCGGAAAUCUGCCAAAAGACGUUGAGUGGAAAAACAUUGCAGGGACAGAUUUCUCCUGGGCCGAAAUGUCCUACAAACAAGUCCCCGGCAGCAGUGGUCACACUGUGUCCAGCUCUGGUUCCAGCUUUGGUCUCUACAGCGUAGGGAUCAGUCAGAUGAAUGGCUAUGGUGCUGCAGGACACUGUAUACAGCAAGCAAGUGGAUCUCUGUCCUGCAGCAGUAUCACCUGCAGUCCUAAUGAGGUGUGUGAAAUGGAUGGUGGGUAUCCCUCCUGUGUCUCCAAACCUGUGAAAACAAAGUUUGGCACCUGCUGGGCCAUGGGGGAUCCUCACUAUCGCACCUUUGAUGGAAAAAGAUUUGACUUUAUGGGCACCUGUGCUUACACCAUCGCUAAAAACUGUGGAGAUGACCGUCUUCCAGCCUUCGAAGUCCUAGCUCUGAAUGAAAACAGAGGCAGUCGCAGAGUGUCGUACGUUGGCCAGGUCAUCGUAAAGGUUUACGACGUCACAAUUACAGUGGUCAGGUCUGAGCAGGGUCGAGUGAGAGUUGACAAUAGUUUGUGGAGUUUGCCAAUCGUUUUAAACAACGGCAAAAUAAACAUGUAUCAGUGUGGUCGCUCUGCAGUUAUAGAGACAAGCUUUGGUCUCACGGUACGUUACGACUGGGAUCACAAUCUCGUGGUUGCCCUGUCUGACAGUUAUGCCGGUAAGACCUGUGGACUCUGUGGGAACUUCAACGGCAACCCCAGUGAUGAUUUUGCCACACCUUCUGGAACUCAGGCAGGAGGGGUUGUGGCCUUCGGGGGCAGCUGGAAGGUGCCAGGCGUGGGGUCUGAUCCUCAGUGCAGAGAUGACUGUGUGGGUGGGUGUGACAGCUGUAAUAGUGAUUUGAUGAAGAAGUAUGAGGAUGAAUCCUUUUGUGGGCUCAUCACAAAAGCAAACGGUCCAUUCAGCAAAUGUCAUCCAGUUGUUGAGCCACAAGCAUACCUGGAGAACUGUAAAUAUGACCUGUGCAUGGGAGAUGGUCUUAGACAGUUUCUUUGCAAGGCCCUGGAGGCUUACACCGACGCCUGUCAGGACGCUGGGGUCCAGAUUCAAGACUGGAGGAAGCUGGCAAAAUGCCCUUUUCAAUGUCCAACCAACAGUUUCUAUGAGCUCUGUGGAAACGCCUGCCCUGCCACUUGUUCUGACCCUAAUGCCCCCUCRAAAUGCAAUCGCCCCUGUGUGGAGACCUGCACCUGUAACAAAGGCUUUGUUUUAAGCGGAGACAAGUGUGUGCCCGCUGCAGACUGUGGUUGCACCUACCAGGGUCACUACAUUCCUGCGGGAGAGACAUUCUGGGGGGACCAGAACUGUGAGCAGUGGUGUAAGUGUGUCCCCGGCAGCAGACGAGUGGACUGCCAGAAAAAAGGCUGUGGGGCAAGUGAGCAAUGCAAGGUGGUCAACGGCAUCAGAAAAUGCCAAUCAGUAUCGUUCAGUACCUGCCAGGCCACAGGUGACCCCCAUUACGUGACCUUUGACCAGAACAAGUUUGACUUCCAGGGCACAUGUGUGUACCAGCUUGCCGCACUCUGCUCUAAGGACCCAGAGCUAGUGCCCUUUGAAGUCCGGGUUCAGAAUGAGAACCGGGCCAACAAGGUGGUGGCCUUCACUAAACUAGUAGAGAUCAAGGUGUACUCCGUUAGCAUYGUCAUAACAAAGACGUACAAAGGCUCGAUUUUGGUAAGACAUUCAGUAAACGAUGAGCUCGUCAAUCUGCCUGUCACCCUCAACGAGGGUCAGAUAUCUGUGUAUAAGAGUGGAUGGUACGCCGUCGUCACCACAGACUUUGGCCUGAAAGUCACUUUCAACUGGGAUAGCGCCGUGUUCGUGACACUGCCAAGCAGCUACAAGGGAGCAGUGUGUGGCCUCUGUGGUAACUACAACGGUGUACCCCAGGAUGACUUGAUCCCAAAGAAUGGUGACAAACCUGUCAAACCGGCAGAGUUUGGGACCAGCUGGCGGGUGGCAGAGAUCCCGGGCUGUGUUGAAGGCUGUAAAGGGGUGUGUCCCAGCUGUGACAUCAACGAAAAGGUUCAGUACGAAAAGAACGAUUUCUGUGGCAUGAUCAGCGACCCCAAGGGKCCUUUCCGUGAGUGCCAUGCCAAGAUCAAUCCAUCUGGUUAUUUUGAUGACUGCGUUUAUGACGUGUGCCUGUAUAAGGGCAGGAAGGAUGUGCUGUGUCAGGCGAUUACGUCAUACACAUCUGCCUGUCAAGGAGCGGGGGCCACGGUGUACAGCUGGAGAACCAGUCAGUUCUGUGCUGUGAAAUGUCCCAUUAACAGCCACUACGAAGUUUGUGCAACUGCUUGUCCUGCAACCUGCAACAAUCUAGCUCCUUCUGAGGGCUGUCAGACUUCGUGUGGGGAGGGCUGUGCCUGCGAUGAAGGUUUUAUUCUCAGCGGGGAUCUCUGCGUGCCCUUCUCACAGUGCGGCUGCAUCUACAACAACCGCUACUACCGCGUCGGUGAAGUGUUUUAUCCCAGCGGGCAGUGCCAGGACGAGUGCAAGUGCACACAGGACGGACAGGUUGAUUGUAAGAAGUUCACAUGUGGCCCUAACGAGAAGUGCAAGCUAGAAAAUGGAAUCCAGAAAUGUUACCCUGUUGGUAAAGGGUUGUGCCAGGCUUCCGGUGACCCCCACUACCUCUCAUUUGAUGGGCAGAAAUUUGACUUCCAGGGCACGUGCACGUACACUCUGUCUAAAAGCUGCGGGCUGGAAGGCACCCACCUGGAGGCGUUCUCUGUUCAGGUGGAGAAUGUGCAGUGGGACCAAAUGAGAGGAAAGAAAAAAGUUUCAGUCACCAGGCUGGUUGCAGUGGAGGCCUACGGCUUCACUCUAAUCCUGAGAACAAAAAUGCAAGGAGUGCUGGUAAAUGGAGUGUUCCACAACCUUCCUUUAAAUCUUAAAGAGGGAGCAGUUCAAGCUUAUCAGGAGGGCAGAAACUUGGUUAUCAGAACAGAUUUUGACCUGAUCGUUACCUACGACUUAGUCUAUCACGUGACGGUCACCGUGCCUGGUAAUUAUCGUGGAAAGGUCUGCGGCCUGUGCGGCAACUUCAACGGGAACAACCUAGAUGACUUCCAGAUGUCCAACAAUAAGCUCACCAGCAACGUCAACGAAUUUGGCACAUCUUGGAAGGUCACCAUUCCUAACGUGGUGUGUGAAAACGGUUGUGAGGGGGACAACUGUCCGAAGUGUGACCCAGCUCGCAAAGAUGUGUUUUCCAAGCCCACAUACUGUGGCAUUAUGACGGCGCCCAAAGGUCCUUUCGCAGGCUGUCACAGUAAGCUCAGCCCGCAGCCGUACUUUGACGACUGCGUGUUUGAUCUSUGCGCUUCCAACGGAGACGGAGAUGUGCUUUGUGACAGUGUAGCAGCUUAUGCCUAUAACUGUCACAUGGCAGGAGUGGAUAUCAGCUGGAGGACUCCAUCUUUYUGCCCCAUGCAAUGCCCCUCAAACAGUCAUUAUGAUGUGUGUGCUGAGAGCUGCUCUGCUUCCUGCCGUGGCCUCACUGAGAUCGUGGACUGCCCMACGGGAGGCUGCACAGAAGGCUGUGCAUGUGAUGCAGGCUUCCUGUUCAACGGUCAGACAUGCGUCAAAGAAACUGAAUGUGGAUGCUAUGACAAAGGAAAAACAUAUAAGCCUGGUGAAGUUGUAUACGAGGACGAUUGCGCCACAAAGUGCACCUGUAAUCCAGCAACAGGCCUCACUUGUGAAAAACACACCUGUCCUCCAAGCACAAAAUGCAUGGUCAAGAAUGAAAUUAGGGCGUGCUACAACACAGACCCCUGCAAAGAUGCCAACUGUCGUAUUCAAGAAACAUGCCGUGUAGACAAGGGUGAGGCUGUGUGCACCCCGAAGUACACAGGCACCUGCUGGGCCUGGGGUGACCCCCACUACCACACGUUCGAUGGUCUAAACUUUGACUUCCAGGGRACCUGCAAGUAUGUCAUCUCAAAGACCUGCGGGGACCUGGGUGGUCUGGUUCCUUUCUCUGUCACCGAGAGGAAUGAUAACAGAGGAAAUACGGCCGUUUCUUACGUCAGGGAGGUUGACGUGCUUGUGUACGGGAACACCGUCACCAUUCGAAAGAGCCAAGUUGGUCAAGUCACGGUGAAUGGGGAGCUGGUGAAUCUUCCCGUAUAUCUGGGUGAUGGCCAAGUAUCUGUGCUUCAAAAAGGAGCCACCGCUGAGCUUGUGACAGAUUUUGGCUUGGUGGUUUCRUACGAUUACAACUGGCAUCUUCUCAUUAAGCUUCCCAGCAGCUACUAUGGCAGCGUCUGCGGUCUGUGUGGCAACUUCAAUGGCAAYGCAGGCGACGAACUCCAGAAUCCCGCUGGCAAAGCUGUCUCCUCAGUAAUUGAAUGGGCCAAGACCUGGCAAACACCAGAUCAAGACAAGGACUUUCCAUGCUGGGACAGCUGUGAAAAAAACUGUCCGACCUGCGACGAUAAUGAUAGGAAACUGUACGAAACCCAGGCUUUCUGUGGGGCCUUGGCCGCCAAGACCAGUAACCUUUUUGGGAAGUGCACUGGAAAACUGGAUCCUCAGGCCUUCAUGAACAGCUGUGUGUAUGACAUGUGUUUAAAUAAAGGGGACAAGAAAAUGCUGUGCCAGGCGCUGGCCUCGUACAGUAAACAGUGUCGUGAGCAGGGAGUGAUAAUCGAGGGCUGGAGGAAGACUUUUGGCUGUCCAAUGAACUGUCAGCUCAACAGCCACUACGAAGACUGUGCCAACCCUUGCCAGCCGUCCUGCCCAUUCCCUGAGGAACAGCCGAAGUGCGACGGUGUAUGCGUGGAGGCCUGUGUGUGUGACAAAGGUUAUGUCCUCAGCGCCGGUGACUGUGUGCCAGCUAAGACGUGCGGCUGUUCUCAUCAGGGCCGGUACUACAAGCCAGGCCAGCAGUUCUGGGCCGACGAGGCUUGUGGCCGCCUGUGCGUCUGCGACACAGUUCUGGGCAUGGUGACGUGUCGCGAGGCCUCCUGCUCGUCCGGGGAGAGGUGCGCCGUGGUGGAUGGGGAGCGCACCUGCCARCCCAUCAGCUACGCCACCUGCACGGCUUCAGGCGACCCGCACUACCGCACUUUUGAUGGUCGCAAGUUCGACUUCCAAGGCACGUGCGUUUAUCAGCUGGCCGGUCUUUCUUCGGAAAAGCCGGGGCUGGUGCCGUUCAAAGUCACCGUGCAGAAUGAGAACCGGGGAAACAAGGCCGUGGCCUACACAAAGACUGUCRCAAUUUCCAUUUAUGGUGCCACUCUCAUUAUCAGCAGAGAGUACCCCUACAAGGUCCUGCUAAACGAUCAGCUCGUCUCGUUGCCUCUGGGUUCUAAUAAUGAGCUGAAAGUGUUUCGAAGUGGCCAAACAGCUGUAGUGGAGACAGCAGCUGGAAUUACUGUGAGCUUCGACUGGCAGAGCACGGUGACAGUCGCUCUGCCCAGCAGCUACCAGAACGCCGUCGGCGGCCUGUGCGGCAACUACAACGGGAACGCUCAGGAUGAUCUGACCAUGCAGAACGGCAAACCUGCCCCUGAUGGCACCAAGCUGGGGGAGAGCUGGCAGGUGGGCCUUGCACCGGGCUGUUCCUCAGUCUGUCAGGGCCCGUGGUGCCAGGCCUGUUCAGACUCCCAGAAGAAGGUGUACGAGGCCACACAGUACUGUGGUAUCAUCGCUGACAAAACGGGGCCCUUCAGAGAGUGUCACAAAAACAUUGACCCCGCUCCUUAUAUGGAGGACUGUGUUUAUGAUGUCUGUCAGUACCACGGCCAUCAUGGAUCAGUGUGUGAUGCUGUAGAAGUGUAUGCGUCUGCCUGUCAGGGUAAAGGARUCGCCAUACAAUCCUGGAGAACAGAAACAUUCUGCCCAAUGGUGUGUCCCGCUAACAGCCAUUACACCUUGUGCGCCACUGGCUGCCCAUCAACCUGCGCUAGCUUAGCCUCUUUUACCACCUGCCACAGGAGCUGUGUAGAAGCCUGUGAGUGCGACCAAGGCUACCUGCUGAGUGGGGAUGUCUGUGUGCCUGUGAGAGAAUGUGGCUGCUCCUACAAUGGYCAGUACUACAAGCUGGGUGACUCUUUCUACCCCGAAGACAAGUGCAUGCAGAAAUGCACCUGUGGAGAGAACGGGGCCAUWACUUGCCAAGCGGCUAAGUGCCGUCCAGGAGAAGUUUGUAAGCUCGUGAACGGGGUGAAAGGAUGCCACCCGGAAGAGGAAGGGAAGUGUGUGGCUUCUGGCGAUCCACAUUACACUUCCUUCGAUGGGAGGAAGUUUGAUUUCCAGGGUACGUGUGUGUAUGUUCUGGCCAAGGUGAGCGAUGACGACAAAGGGCAACUCACGUCAUUYACGGUCACUCAGGGCAACGAAAAGUAUGGAAAUGGCAAAGUGGCUGUGACAAAGUCUAUUGCAGUCACRGUCUAUGGUUAUGUGAUUAACAUCCAGCAGCGUGUGCAAUGGAAAGUCCUUGUGAACGGUGAGCUGCUCAACCUCCCUCUCUCCCUAGAGGAGGGYCGUCUCACAGUUACGCAGGAAGGUCGCAACAUAGUCGUCCAGACCRAGUUCGGACUCAGAGUCCUCUAUGACACGGUGUAUUACAUUGAGGUGAUUGUUCCUUCAACGUACCAGGGUAGGAUGAGUGGUCUUUGUGGCGACUACAACAAGAAAAGCGGUGAUGAUUUCAAACUUCCUGGAGGCAGUCAAACUAACAGUGUCGACGAGUUUGGUAAGGCGUGGGUGCUGGACCUGCCUGGGUACGUGUGCGGCGGCUGCGGAGGAGAAUGUCCGACGUGUGAGCCGGCUAAGGCUGCUCUGUACGGAACGCCUGACUACUGUGGCAUUAUUAGUGCACCUAACGGGCCUUUCAAAGCCUGCUACRGUAAAAUCAAUCCUGCCGCGUACCUCUCUGAUUGUGUGUUUGAUGUUUGUGCUACGGGCGGCGACAAGAACACUCUGUGUGACAGCGUCCAGGCCUACGCUCUGGCCUGCCAGAGCGUAGGAAUUCAAAUCCAGACGUGGAGGAGCAGCUCUUUCUGCCCUGCUUCCUGCCCUCCGCACAGUCACUAUGAAGUGUGUGCUGACACCUGCACUGGGACGUGUGCCAGCUUCAUUCAACAAGUUACCUGCUCUGAAAGAUGCUUUGAAGGAUGCCAAUGCGAUGCUGGCUUUGUUUUUGAUGGCAUCCAGUGCGUUCCUCUUGAAAACUGUGGGUGUGUGCACAACGGCACAUAUCUGACGACGGGUCAAGCAUUGGUGGACAAAGAAUGCAACUCUCGCUGCGUGUGCCAGGCCUCAGGGCUGGUAAAAUGUGAGAAGCUGUCCUGUGCCAGCGGAGAGGUCUGUGACGUAAGAGAUGGGAUCAGAGGUUGUCACAUCAAACAGGCCCACUGCAGCGUCAGCCCAGUCGGCGAGCUCGACUCCUUCGAUGGCAUGUCCGGAACGGUUAAAACACAGGGGGCGUUUGAGUUGGCGUCUGUGUGCGACGAAAACUCGAAGCAGUGGUUCCGUGUUGUUGUGGAUGUCAGGAUCUGCAGCAAGACGGAGCCCGCCGCCGUUGCAGCGCUGUACGUGUUCUUCAAAGACGCCACAGUGACGGUGAACAGCCAGCAUGAAGCCUGGAUAAAUGGAAGGAAAGUCUCUCUUCCAAGCCAGGUGACAAAUGAGCUAUCAGUCCAAAUCUCCGACAGAAGGGUGGUCAUUGAAAGGCAAUCAGCUGUGCAGGUCACCUACUCCAUUUCACGGGAGGUUACUGUCACUAUUGACACUAAUCUGUCCGGGAAAAUGUGUGGUGCCUGUGGUAACUACAACAGUGACUCCAAAGACGACAUGAAGACCGCAGAUGGGAAAAUCACCUCUGAUGUGUUGGUGUUUUUCAGCUCUUGGAGCGCUGGAGACUUUCCAAGAUGUGGUCUGUAGAGAUGCUGGUUCUGCAUCAACAGACAUCCGGUACUCAGGAUGAAGACAGCCUUUUUUGUUCGCAGCUUUGCUYGUCAUACUUCACCAACCACUUGCUCUUUUGUUUCCUGGCGAUCUGGUGUUUUGUUCUCCUUGCAGGUGUUGAACCAUGUUUUGGCUCAGUCUUGUCCAACACCUCCAUCUAGUGGAAAAAUAAAAAAAGGCAAUGAUUCUUUCAAACAAUGUUGAUGAUGCCCAUCUCUGCUUUCACAAUCUGCUUGUUAAUAAAAAGAAACCUGUUCUGACCAUUCAAUAAACACAUUUUAUUGAUGAUAUGUGUUCAAACAAUUUGUAAUGCUGUACUGUAUUUCUCUAUUCUACUAAAAGCUGCUAUUUUUGACAUGUAAAAUAAAUUGCAUGUAUCUAA